CAAUUUUCAAACCUGUUGUAGUAUUUAUUCCUACACACUUACAUUAAUUACUUGACUGUCAGAAAUACACACACACACACAUAUAUAUAUAUAUAUACAAUAUAUACAAUAUAUAUUUAUAUAUAUAUACAUGUAUACGUGUAAUACAUUAAUAUGUCUAAAAAUCAAGAAAUUAAUGACAUGCAGCAAACAGCAACAUCAUCGUCCUCUCCGUUAGAGCAUCAUCGCCCAUCUCCAUGUAAUUCUGAACCACUUCUUAAUGCUCUACCUGAACCUGUAGUAGAAAAAGAAGGGAAAACAUUUUUUUUACUUGAUGUUGGAAACGAGCAACAAGAGACGAUCCAUCAAGAACAAUCAAACACCACAAAAUCAAAACGUCACAGACGUAAAAGGGAUACUAGUCAUAGCGGUGACAAUCAAAGUAUUUCUUCUUCUUCUUCUUCUUCUUCGAGUAGUAGUAGUAGUAGUAGCUCUGAUUCUAGUGCUUCUGCUCAAGUCGUCAUUGAUCAUGGUAGUUCUAUACCACGUCGAAUGGAAAAAAGCGCUGCUCAUUUGUUGAGAUCAGGUGAUGAUGAAUCAGAAAGCGAUUAUGCAUUUUGUUAUUCACCUGUAAGACGAGAAUCGGACGUUGAUUCACUUGGUCAGCAACAACAACACCAUUCUUUCCCUUCAAGUCAUAUUGAUCAUCGCUCUUCAAAUUUAUACAUGAUGGAAAAUUAUACUUCACACGAUAGUCAUGAUAUGGAUGAUAUAACAGAUAACGAGGGUGAUAUUGAUCUGGCUGAUGAAGAAGAAGAAGACGAGGAGGAAGAAGAAAGAAGAAGAGGAGGAGAGAAUCAUGAAGAAGAACAGGAAGACAUUGUUUUUCAUGAAAGAACUUCAAAAGGUAUUCCCUUUAUCGACAAUACAGUUCAUAAAGAAGUCAAUGAUGUACAAUAUAAUGGAGCGGAUGCAAAUAGAAAACAUCGUAGACAUAAGCAUCGUCAUCGUACGCCAAAAAUAAGAGAUUAUGGUACGAUAAAGAACAGUCAUUUAGCAAACAAUAAUAAAGGAAUCGUUACUGUCUAUACAGAAGAAGAAGAUGAUCUUGUAGAUGAAAUGCCGAGAGGUGAUCGUGAACGAAUGAUGAGACGUAACCAACGACAUCAAAAUGGAGGGUUAACAAGAAGAUCUAUUCCUCGUAGAUUGCAUAGAAGAACACAAAAAGUAUUACAAACAAAUUUACAAUCUCAAUCUUGGAGUAGAAGAGAAAGUUUACGAUCAAAUAGACAUCCUGGGCUAUCAAGUGAAGAAGCAUUAUCUAAACUAUUAUAUUUAGCUAAUCGUAUUAUUGAUGGUGAACGGGCACGAAUACAUAAAAUGCUUGACUUUCGAAUUUUUCUUUGUAAUCCCGCUGUCCUUUUGAAUACUAUCGGUGGGAUAGGUCUUUUGAUUUUAUAUAUUGUUGCCUAUCUUAAAAGUGAACCAUAUCAAUUUCGUAUUACUGGAUUAUUAGUCGAAUCUAUUUUAUUGUUAGCAAUGACAGCUUGGAAUGGGUAUAUAUUUUAUAGAGAGCAGGAGUUAUCUUAUCGAGAAAUGACGGAUAGAGCUUUAUCCAUUGUUGGUGCAUUAGAAAGAAGUGGAAUGAAUAUGGUUCAAGAUACUAAAAUUCCUUUCAUACCCUCUAUGUCUGUUGCAAAAGUGGUACGUGAUGGCGUUGUUCGAAUCUUUCCAGUCAAUUUAUUAGUUGAAGGUGAUAUCGUUGAAAUGUUAUAUGGUGAUGUAGCCCCUGGUCGAAUGAAGUAUAUGCAUAAAACGACCCCAACUGAAGAUGAUGACUUGCAUUUAUCCAAUAAUGAAGAUACGAUGAAUCACCCUAGUCCACCUUCAUUCAUGGAUACAACUACAAAUGAUAGUGAACCACCUUUAAAUACAAAGGAGUAUUAUAUUGCUAAGGAUCAAACAUUUAAGCCAUCCUUCUUUGGUAUCCCACCUCCCUCUGGAUUAAUGGAAGAAUAUAUGCGCUCAAGAGGUCGACAUCAAUUCAUUUUGUUAGAGACACCUCUAGAAAAAAAUUUAAAAAAGGCAUUGAGUCAAAGUCGACCAAAGACUGUCAUGCAUAAUGAAAGUCAAGUAAUUAUGCGUAUCUUUUACAAAUAUGUGAUAUGGAUUCUAUUAGGCAUAGCGUUUGCUGUUAAUAUUUUAAGAUUUGGUCUUCGAAGUAUAUUGCUAAAUCGAUUUCCUGCUGAUCAACUUAUUGAAGAAGUCUUCGUGAUGACCAUCUACUCAAUUAUUCCUCUUUUACCUUUAUGUAUACCUAGUAUGUGGAUAAUUGCUCGUAGCUUUGGAAAUGCUCAAUUACUUAUUUUGUUUGAGGCAUUACAGAUUUCUAAAACUGAAUAUGAAGAUGAUGAUGAAGUAGAUGAAUUUGAUGCAGAGGCACCCCCUCCCACAAAAGAUUUACAAUUGAGUCCAAAUGCUGUUUGGGAUAGAUUUUUAUCUUUACUGACAAAGUGGGACCAACUUUCUUUAACAAGAUCAACUAAUUUAUUGGAGUCACUUGGAAACACCACAGUCAUUUGUUGUUUAGAUAGAGAAGGGACAAUAGCUAAUCCUUUUCCUACAGUUGAACAAUUAAUGUUUCCAAAUAACGAAGAGGAUAUUACUUAUUUGGAUGUUGAAGAAGAUUCAGAUGAAGAAACAGGGUUAAAAUUUGAAGAUCAAGAUUGGAAACAAUAUUUACCAUGUCUGAAGCCUUUAGGUUUAAAUUUUAUGCUUAAUACCAAUUGUGGUGUAAUUCAAAGUCGUAAAAGAUCAGAAUAUCAUCGUAGGCGUUCUAAGCUUCAUGUUUACGGUAAAACAUCACCUGCAAGACAAUCAUGUCUUUGUAGACUAGGUAAAUGUAUUGGGUUUAAAGAAGAGGCACUUCAAUCUUUUGCUUUAAGAGCUGAAAUUUAUACCUUUGCACCUUAUCAUGAAAUGUUAAAUACACCACGUUACAAGUAUAGUAAAUAUUAUCCUUUUGAAGUCCCUAAUGCCCUUUCAACUGUUUUUGAAGAACGAACGUCAGGAAGUUAUCAAUUAUUGACAGAUGGGCAUCCAUCAUUAGUUAUGGAUAAAUGUUCUGAUUAUUGGGAUGGCAACUCGCUUCAGACUAUGAGUGAAACAAUGGAAAAAAAGAUCAAUGACUUUUUUCAAAAUGCACUUGUCCAUGAUAUGCAAUGUAUUGCUUACGCUUAUCGUCCUAUAAAUACUGUGAAUGAUGGACGAAUCCCAUUUUUAAAUCCUUCUGAUAAUGAAGAUGAAGAUCCUGGAUGUGCCUUUGUUGUUCUACCUUACAAACCUCCGAGUUCAGAUAGCAGUAGCAGUAGCAGUAGUAGCAGUAGUAGUAGUAGUAGUAGCAGUAGUAGCGAGAUGUCUGAAUCUUCUACUGAAUCAUCUUUUACUGAGAAAAUUCAUGAUAGUAGACAAGAUAUGGAUGAUGACAGAAAGGAUAAAAUGAUAAACAAAUCUCGUCGUUCUUCCAAAUCCUCAAGUACUUCUACAAGUAGUAGUAGUAGUAGUUCUUCUGAAACUGGAACAAGUGAUUAUUCCUUUGAGGAAGAUGAACCUGUUAAUGAACAAGAAGAAGCUGCUUUUUAUAAAGAAGUAGUUAAGGGGCAAAUUUUUCUUGGUAUGACAGCCAUGUGUCAUCAACCAAAGCAGAAUGUUGUUGAUUUCAUUGAAGAUUUAGGCCUAGCAGGAAUACGAUUUGUAUAUUUCUCACCUACCGCUGAAAGGGAAUCUAAAGCUUUUGCUGAACGUCUUGGAUUAGAGACAGACUGGAAUAGCUGUAUCUUAUUAUCAAAUCCUGAUGAUGAAAAUUGUGGAAAUGGAUAUCUUCAAACGCAUGAUAUUAAAGCACAAUUGCCUCGAGGUAUAGAUGAAAUUCGACCCCAUUUGGAAAAUGUAGAUGAUAUUCCUCUUCAUGUUUCCUUAUUUGCAGAAUGUACGCCUCGAGCAAUGAAAGAAAUGAUUCGUAUCUUUCAAGAAAACGGUGAAGUUGUUUGUUCAAUAGGAAAUGCGUUGAAUACAAAGAAUACAGAGUCAUUUGCUUUGUCUGAUGUUAGUAUUGCAAUGGAACCUAUGCAUACACGUGCUCAAAUUAAAGGUCGUCUAUCAACAAAUGAUCGUCAACCUCCUCUAGCAGUAGGGGCAUCAUUAUGUAGUUUACCAUGUGGAUUGUUUAUGCAAUAUGAGACAAGCUUGUAUGCUGUGACUCAACUUAUUCGUGAUGCUAGAAGAUUAUUGAGUUGUGUUCGAAUGGGAUUUUGCUUUUAUGUUGCAGGCUGUAUGUCUAUUUCCUUAAUCCUGCUUUUUAGCUUUUGUUUAUUGUUACCACCUAUUUUUACUGGUUAUCAGAUUUUAUGGCUACUUUGGAUUAUUUUACCUAUACUCUCCAUGUCUAUGCUCUUUACACCACAUGGAGAUGGUAUUAUGCUUCUUAUGCCAGGCAAAAAUAUCGAUCAUCUUACUGAUUUUUGGAGAUUUAUGUCCUAUUUUAUCCUUCGUUUUAUAUUAUUGAUUGCUAUGUCUAUAGCUAUUUAUGCAAUGACAUUGAUCUAUUCGUUAGGUACGAGCACAAAGGAUGUAUUUGGCAAAUUUGGAUCAAAGGGAUGGUACCAUUGGACAGUUGAAGAGCAAUGGGCAGUUCUAUAUGCACAAAACUUUAUGCUUGUCGCACUUGUUUGGUGUUUUGCAUGUAUAUCCCCUUCCUUCCUUCAUCGAACUUCUUCAAUUAUUGAAUUUAUACCAUUUAAGAAUAGAAUAUGGAUUGGCGCGUUCUUUUUAAGUAUUAUUUUACAGUUUUGUUUCUGCGCUGUCUCUCUUGCACAUGGACCUUUUGAGCUAUCAAGAAUACCAUGGUUUGUCUAUUUCUUGGGCUUUGUUUGGCCUAUCGUUUUAAUUCCUGUACAAGAAUUAGUAAAGAUGCAUGAUAAUAAAGAAUUUACAAGAUUCCAAAAGAGAUCAAAACUAGAAUUCAGUACAAAGCUUGGUAUGCAUUCACCACUUUAAUGAAAGAUUACAUAAUAAAUACUGUAAAUUAAGUUAAUGUUGUAGUAAUAAAUUAAAUAUACACAUAUAAUAUACACAUUGAAA